AUGUCAUUUAACCCCACGAAGAAGUCUGAAGUUCAUCAACAUCAGAGUCAUCAGUGGGUGCCAAAAGUCAGGAGAGCUCAGGAUGGAGAGGCAAACAACUUCGGGUGAGCUGAGCCAGCCACAAGGAGGGAGGGAGGAAGAAGGGCCUCAUUGUGUGUGUGUGUGUGUGUGGUGAUGUGUUGCGCAGGUCGUCUGCCAGCAGUGAGCAGAGAGAGCGACCCUCCUCGUCUUCCCGUGCAAAGGGGUAUGCAUGAGUGAAGCCACAGACACUUCCAUGCGCAGACAAGAGCACAGCGCACAUCAUCCUUCUCUCUGUGUGUGCAUCAGUCGAGGCGUCAAGGGCAAAGGCGUUCAGAUCCCCGCUGAGGAGCUCUUCAACUUUCAGAGAUACGAGCCACGACACAGCCGAGUAAGAUAAGAGACCCCUCCCCUCGGACGUCCACACAAUGAGGAACGGGUACCUGAACCUUUGCCUCUUCAGGGUGGUGGGCCAUUUCGGCGUCGCCGAAAUGUCACGCAGACGGAGGCGUUCGUCAAGGAGAGAUUUGUCAAGGUGAGAAAACAAACGGACAAGGAUGCCGACCUGGAUGGCCACGGCGCAUCUGCUGUUGUCGAUGAUCGAUCCUCAGGCGAACUUCCGGUGUUGGGUCAGCCGCGGAUCGACCAACACGGCGGAGGUCAGACGCGCUUUGUGGGACCCUGACGUCAAUCUCGGUGUGAAAUUCGUGCGCACUGCGUCCAUAAGAAAGAGUGCUCAUGCCACGAACGUGGCCUGGCCUGCUGUUUCAGAUUGGGGUGCCGUGUCCGGGGUAGAGCUGCUGUGUCCGGAGGGCAUCUCCAUUCAGUGCCCGAUAUGUCUUGAGGAGAACGACGACAUAGGUACACCCUCAGACAUGUCAGUCACGUGCACUCUCCCGUGGAAUGCCCAUCGUGCCCCCGUCGGUCUGUCCUGCCUGUCUGCACGAAUGCAGUGUGUCCCAAGGUGACGAUGUGCGGUCAUGUCUUCUGCUGGCCAUGCAUUCUCAGAUACCUCAACACGGACCCUACAGGUGAAGCACAGCAAACACAGCAUUCGCAUAGCCAUGCCCUCAUUUGUGCCCAUGGGGUCGAUGUAUGGAUGCAGAGGCCCCGUAUUUUCCGUCUAUUGCCAACGACCCUAACGCACCCGUAACUGUCGUCGCGGAGAGAAGGUAAUGCAGGGAAAUGGUAAUGCGCAGGCAGACAUGCAGUCAUUCCCAUGUUAAUGUGAGUGCAGCGCGCCCGACGGUCGCACGCCUUCUCCUCCGGCACUGCCCGACCACUCGGCGAGUGCGCCACAGGGGAAAAGAUACUGGUACGGACACGUGCCAUGUUCAUCAGUGCAUGUCCAUGCUCCUCUUCUUGCUGUGCAAUGAAUGCGAUAGGCGCCGCUGUCCGCUGUGCUCUGAGUCGGUGGUCAAGCGGGAUCUCAGGCCGAUCGCAUUCCAGAGGGUGGGGCGCAGACGCUGCACCCGAAUGCCAGUGCAUGCAGACCAGAGAUGUGUCCAUGCAUGGGUGUCCAUGCGUUAGGUUCGGAAUUUCCCCGCGUUGGUUGAGGACAUGUAUGAGAGCGAGGAGUACGAAGACGAGCAAGUCGACACGGGUGAGGGCAUGUCGACAGGCACACGAGCCACUCCCUGUACCCACGCGUGGAUGAGAGUUGUAUCUAUCCAUGAUGGUAGGAGUUGACUUUUGUCUGGUGCAACGCGAAGGUAGAAGAAUGUCUGGUUUGACGCACAUUUGUGGCUGCAUGCAUUGGUGCUGGUGUGUUCAUGUCAUGUAGAGGGCAGCACGUCUGUCACUUUGCCGCGGUAUGUGCUGCGCUGUGUACCCACCCACAUGUGGGAGGCAUGCAGGGUCAGACUCAACGGUACGCGCCUGCACAACGAAGACGCAUAUUGGUAUCUGCGUCAUCAUCUCUCACUCUUCCUCUUUUGUCACAGGUGAGGAGGAUCGUUUCGCUGUCAACGACAAGGUCAUUCUGAUGGACACGCACAUCGGUGAGAGACAAAAGAGAUACCAGUGUGAUCUGCAUCCCGCGCAACGUGUGGUGGUGACACACGAACACAUGUGUCUCUGCAGGCGUUCAGUUCAGCCGUGUGGGCUGUUUGUCUGAUCCGUUCAAAACGUCCCAGCAGGAACUCAGAAUACUCAGUAUGCAGGAAGGAGGCACCGAUUGAUUUCGCUUGACCACGUCCACGCAUGCAAUUCGCAUUUAUGCUCGCAGCGUCACACCGCAAGGAGUGCGAGUCGAGCGGUGAUACGGACAUCAUUCCCGCAGUAGACGAAGUAGGUCCAGACACAAACACGUCAGAAACAGCAGACAUGGACAUACGAAGGGGACUCUGUACACUCGUCUCGCAGGCCCUUGCGUACUUGAAUCGGACGCUCUCCGAGAUGAUGUCAUCCAUACCGCCGCUCACGUAGGAAUGAUCCGCACCAUCCUGGAUCAUGUAUACGUCAUGUUGCCACCCAUCCAUCAUCUGGACAGAGCGACCACGAGCGACGAGGAGCGCAUAUCGAUCAAAAGGGACGAGGGAAACUUCAUCGUCUACAAUGAGCAGGUACAUAGCUGAGUACGCAAUUCACGGACGGGUACGCAUCGCCCCGUGUGUGCAGAUCCUUCUGUCGAUCAUCGAGAGCUCUUUGCAGGGAGGGCCACAAACAGAAGGUACGUGAACACUUUCCUGAGUUGUGAUGCAAAUGCAUUCAUAAUCGUAUGUGGCUGCAUGCGCCCGUCGUCACAGGUUCACCGCCACAAGCCGAGGAGACCAUCGACAGCGCUGCAGUGUGCGUCAAAGAUGCAUGGUACACAUUACCACUCACAUGCGCGCACUUCACCUCUUGUGACACGGUUGCAGGGACAGUGACAACGAAAUGGACGACAGCGAUGCCGCCGCCGCCAAUAAACAACCAACCGCGAUUUCGCCGCCAACAAACGCCACCAAGUUGGCGUCUCACACGAACUCAUGCAGCCGUAUUCAUCUGACAUUGAGGACGGUGUGUGUGUGCUUGUGUGCUUGUGCAGCAAGCCGACGAGUAUGGGGACCACAGAGGAACCAGAAAGCACCGCAACCACCACCACAAAGGCAAACGGUAAGCGGAGAGACCACACUCAAUACGUGAACCAACCGGGAUGCACUUUCGCUGUCUGUCUGCGUCGCCAGGAUACCUGUUCUACCAGACGGCCGAUGGGCAGAACGCGUUUCUGGAGCCCUUCCUGACUCGGUAGACACGGGCAACGCGUCCAAUGUGGACACCGAUCCAUUUAAUGUGCUGUGUGCAGUUGUUUGUUGUAUGAGCAUGGCGACUGGGCCCAUCUGCCUCCGCUACUGCGCCAGCUGACGCUCAUCGGGUCCAAUGAAAUCACCCUCAAUGAAUCCAUGAGAAAGAGGUAUGUUGUGAUGAAGGGAUGGGUGUGGACGCACCGGUAUGGAGGCCAAUGUGCGCUGGUCCGUUCUCACCCCCCAGGUACAAGUUCCUGUCUCAUUUGCCGCUUUCCUCAUCGAUCCGCUUCCUUGACGUCGACAUCACACCGCUGCUCUCGGACAAGACCAGAACGCACUUCAGGGUAUGGAGCGACAGAAAGACCUUCAUAGACAGAUACAUCCAUAGUCAUUUGCGCAUGCAUCCAUCCAUCAAUCGACUGACUCAUCAAUCAAUCAGGAUGAGUUUGUCAAACGUGAGCGUGCGCGGCGUGCGGCCGACAACAAGCGAAGGCAGGAGAAGCGACUGGCUGAGCAGCAACAGCAGCAGUACACGGCAACCGCAUACGUGAACGACGUUCAUGCGACUGUGCAAAUGGUAAAAGCGUAAGUGAUACGGAAGAGAAUAUCAGUGCAUGGUGCGUCCGUGUAGAACAUUGCUUCUGCUGUGGGUGCGGCCAUUCAUCAGUUGCCUCUGUCGUCGAUUGACGAGUCUCCGUCGCGUUGUGUGUCCGAACGCCACGAAGAUGCGGCUCAGGACGCACCAGCCGAAGAAGAGGAGGAAGAAGGUACGCACGAAGUCAAACGCACACGCAUUUGACGGGCGGGCGCUUACACGAAUGAGUGCAAGCUACCGUGUCUGUGCAUGAUCUACAGUCACUCCCACCCUGGCAGACAAGAUCAAGGCUAAGAUGCAGACCGACAAGGACAAACAGAAGCAGGAGGAAAGCAGGGAGCACUUCCCCUCACUCUUGAGUGCAUCGCCCCCCGCCAACGAGACCGCCAGCGCUUCGCCAUCCCGUAAGGCAGCCACCGUACGACGCGGGAACCACCACAUGCAAACGAUACCUAGUACCCAAGCUAAGCUAUACUGCGUGCGGAUGUAUGUGUGACCUGCAGGUGACAAGCCGUCCACCACUGCGUGGGGGACGCCGAGUCUCAAGUGGGACAAGAAGUCGACGCCCAAGUCGACCCCGAAGACCGAUGGCAAGAAGGACAAAGACCAGCACAGGGACGUGCCCCCCAUUGACAUCGAGGAGUCCUACGCUCCCCCGGCAACUUCCAACUUCGACAUCUCUGACAUUGUCGCGAGGAAGUGAGCGAUGUCAGACACUGACUGAUGUGUGGUGAGUCCCUUGGUUGUCUCUUCUUGUCUCAGGCUGCGAGAGUAUAACGAGGAGCGUCAGAAGGAGUCGCCGAAGCACUACUCCCAGAAGGCCGAAAAGAGCUCGGGCAUCGCCAUGUUAGACAAGGCGCUGGAGCAGCAGCAGGCCAGUGCCAGUGGCUCCCAGGAGGUGGGAGGCCAGGAGGGCCACGAAGCCGACGGAUCGAAGAAGAAAAAGAAGCAGAAGAAGAUAGCCCUCUUCUCUACUUCGGGCAUGAGAGGCGUGAAGUAUUGACCAACGGACGGAC